AUGAAAUGUGAUUUUUGUGAAGAGAAUACUCCAAUCAUAGGUAUUAUUAUAUAUGUUAUUUAUAAGACAUCAUGCGUCAUUCAUUGUUCUUGAAAUACUCUCAGUCUUAAAAUUAUCAUUAUACUAAAGGUAUUAGUGAAAUAUUGCACAAUUAUCGCACAUCUAAUAAUAUUCUUUAUAAGGAUGUAUUACUCUACUAUACAUCAGAAGAACUGCUUUGUAAAGUGUAUAAUUCCACUAUUUUAUAUGACAAAUUGCAAAUGUUGGGUGAGUAUUACAAAGUAUCAAUCAAUUCUAUCCAUAGUUUCACAAUGAUAUACCACGCUUGUUUAUGGUACCAGCCAUUAUACCACUCAAUUAUUACCAUGAUAAAAAGAGAAGAUUAGAGUAUUAUCGAAUUGCCAAACUAAUUGCAAAUGAGAACAAGAACAAUCCUGAUAAACCUCCAAAGGGCAUCGUUGGUGACUCGCCAUUGCCUUAGUCCAGCCAAUAAAUGACGGCUUAAGAGGCGAGUUCCUCUGAUGAAGUAAAACAGCUCCUCAAUCUAGCCGAUAUCUAAAUGUGACAAGAUCCUUGAAGGCAUAAGUUUCAUUGAGACCAAACCCUAAUUUGUCAAUUUCAAAUAGUAACUCUAACAAUACCAAAUAUUGUAAUAAGCAAUUCCAAAUUUCAAAUAUGAAAGUUACAAACCCCAAUUAAAACAAUAAGCAAUAUAAUUAUAAAAACCAAAUAAUCUAGAUAAAUAACAACGUAAAUCUAGUAUUACUAAUAUACUUAAUAUGCUUAAGAACAAAGUUCCAAAAAAAACUAUUAAAAAGAAAAAUUAAUCAAUAAAAUCUGAUCAAUUGCAUAUAGUAUUUAUUAUAGUCUUAUAUUAUCAAUUAGACACCUAGAGAUAUAGAUAUUAAAUCUCCAACUAAUCGCACUCUACUACCAAAUUAAUAAAGAAUUGCAACUCUUUUAAAAUCACCUAAAUGUGUUACUCCAAGAGCACCUCAAUAGAGUCCACAUCUUCCAAAAAAGGUUUAAUAAUUAGAAAUCAAAGUCAUGACUGAUUUAUAAACUCUGCUUGCCAAAAAAUAAACAAGAGAUUCAAAAUAAUAUUGUACUGUCCAUUUUGAUAGUAUAUCGUUGGCUUAAGAUCCUAGAAGUCUUACAUAAAGGUUUGAAUCUGCAAAUAAUUCUAAAGGACAAUUUGCUAAGAAAAAACUCAGUAUUAAAGAACUUAAUUAAUUCAGAAGAGUCAAAAUCUAAGAACCAUUAUCAAAUAGAGAUCCACCUAGAAAAUUAAAUUUUAAAUCUAAAUCUAAUGAUAAACCUUUAAACAUUAAUAUUAGUACUGACCAUAAAAUUAAUUUCUAUCAAUAAGUUUAAUCAGCUAGACAAGCACUAAAUUCAUAAUAAACAACCACAACAUUUAAAUAAGUUAAUGCUUAAUCAUUAUCUUAAUAAAUACAUCAUUAAAAAUCAGCCACUGCCAAAACAUUAGGGAAAUCAAUGAAAUUAACUAAUACCUUAGACUCUCAAAUUUAUAAAGUAGCACUUAAUUAAGCUGUGAAGAAUAUCAGAAGUAGAAAAACAUGA